AUGAUCAGUCACUCAAAGCCGCGGGAACACGGAGGGACGGUCACGGCGAUGAACCAUUGCAAAGAGACAAGCAAAACGAACAGAAAAGGAACAGGAGAAGAAGGAGUAAGCAUGGAAAACAUUAAAACCUUGUAUCAUAUAUUCUCUAGUGCAGAUGGGAAUGAUGUCGAUGGGGGGGAUAAAAAAAAAUGUUGUAACGAUAUGCAUGACUUGAAGGGUGCCGCUCAAAGUGAGGCAGCCGUAAUGCUGCCCCCAAGGACUCACAAAAACGCGUCGCCCGGAAAGGAGCUUAAUCUCACGAAGAGAACAAAUAAAGAAAAAGAAUUUCUAAACCACUUCAGUUACUUGAGCGAUCUUGGAGAGUAUAAUUGUGCCCACUCCGCAGAUGUACAGAAAAGAAGAAACAAAACAGACCAUCUCUCACUCCAGCAGAAUGUUGAAGUCACUCCAGAUUGGGAAGCUUUUCAACGGGUCGAUCAUGUGUGUGACUACUCCGCAAAAGAAGGGAGAGCUCGAGAAGGUGAAAUCUUUGAUAAUUCCAAACGGGGGAUGCAAAGAUGGGGUAGUCACUUGAAGUAUCACAACAGCGGUGAGAGGAAGAAGGACACAUCUUCCAGUCCUACUAGAGGAGAAAAAUCUGAACAAUCGCAAGGAAGGCAACCUUACACGGGUGGGUCAGUCCACUUGAGAAGGGAAGCCAAUCCAAGUAAGAAUAGCCCAAUUGGAGAAACAGACAAAAGCGCUUUUGUAGGCCCAUCAGAUGAGACCUCCUUUUAUGAAGCGUUUACUUCUGUGUCUGAACCAAUGGAAAAUAAAGGGACCCACUUUGACAAUCCAUUUUAUCGGAACAGCAAUGUGGAUGAGCUCCUUGACUUUCCACCCCAGCACAGUAACCACGAGAGGGGAGAAGCACCCCUCGGUAGGGCCAAAGUGACGCCAUUGAAUUGGAAUCGAAACUAUUAUACACUGACUUAUCUACACUCCGGUAAUCCCAAAGCGGAGGGAGAAACAUCAAAGGGGGAACCAUCCCUGAAUACGGUCCUGCACCCCAAGUGGGACUUUCUCAAAUGUAACGAGGUCAAUGUGCAAAUCGAACGACCUCAGGACGAACAAACACAAGAUCCAUUUUUAAACUUCAUUGAUCAAGAGAAUAGCCCAGAUUGGGUCCCCUUUUCUGAAGAGCACUCCUACAGGGAGGACCUCACAUCUGCCAUCUUCGAUUCCCAUGCGAUUGCAAAUCACGGGGCAAACAAGAUGGACCCCCCGGGGGGAACCAUUCCAAGAAAGCAGAACCUAAUCGGAAUGGAUGACUUCCACACGCAUGAGGUGUCCUCACUUCGUAAUGAAAAUCUCUUUGGUGAAUGCAGCAACUCAAAUAGGAUGAAGAGAGGUGGGGAGGUAGCAAAUGGGAAGGCAGUUCCUUUCAGAAAAAAAUUGCCCAUUUGGGAGAGUUCCCUCCUCGAGGGAGAUUUCCAUAGUAGUUUGUUCCCCAUGGAUGGUAACAAUUUGGCUGACCGGCAAACAAAGGGAGGGAGGUUACACAUCGGGGGAGCUGAAACUGUUUGUGGACACAUCGCAGAUAGCGACAAAGAUGAGGAGAUCCUCAUCGGUGAUGAAAAAGUGAUAGGAAAAGACAAGAAGGUGGAAAAGCCUCCUCAGUGGGGUAAGUUCCAUAGGGUGGAUUUUUUCCAAGUGGUGGAUAGAAGAAUAGGCGGAAACAGUCCACCUGAUAGUGGUAUUAUGAAGAAUGCGUCAAUGGAAAGAAUAAAGUUACAUGACCAAUUGAUAAACCUUAGUGAUGGUUCCACCUCGGAGAUGGGUUGGACAAGGAAGGGGACCCCUCCUCUUGGAGAACCAAGUGUGGGAUUGCUUUCCCUGGAAGAAGAAUGCCGCAUCGAUGGUUUCAAUAUGAUGGGAGAAGAGAAGAUGAAGGGUGGUAAAAGCCUACUCUGUGGCAAACACGACUUUUUCGAUUUCGAACACGAUGAAGAGGUAGAUGCACCCCAAAGGGGAAGCGCCAACUGGAUCGGAGACAUCCCCAAGAGAAUGAGAAGCAGUGAAGUAGGAACCACAAAAGAAGAGUCCCAUGCGGGACUCUUAACAGCGACGCGCCAUCAAGAGAGCAGCAAAGAGAAGGGGGAAGAAGAGAAAGAGGGAGAGAAAGAGCAAAACGUACUAACCUACCACGACCACUACUUAACCGAGCAGCGGCUGACCGAAGUGGCUGCACCGAUGGACAAAGAAUUCAACUCCUUCUUGGACAUCAUUGAUGAGAUAGUCACCAUCAGCAAAGAUAUAAUCGAAACGAAUCAGAACGAGGAUGCGGCUGUGGAGAUUCUACAGCGGAGCCCAGACGACCGUAUAGAAUCCUCACAAUUUGGGGGCCACUUUCCGGGAGAACUCCAAAUGGGGCUCCCCCUCGGGGUAGGCGUCGGAGCAGUGGUAGGACCUGCUGAGAAGUUCACACACGCAGGUGUUUAUAAGGACCCACUUGAGGAUAAACUUGUCGACGAUGUGUAUGUCCACUUUGACACCUUGAACGAGUCGUGCAGGAAGAGACAGGAAUCGUGUGACGAGGUGGUGAUGGAAAGGGAAAGGGAGGACUCAAUCCAUGGAGCAGUUCAUGGGGCAGUUCGUGGAGAAGUCCGUGGAGAAGUUCAUGGAGAAGUUCGUGGAGCAUUUCGUGGAGCAUUUCACGAAGCAAUUCAUCCAGCAACUCACCAGAAUGCUGACACUAGGGAUGUGAAUACCGAGCAGGCGGCACAAACACAUUGGAGGAACAACUCCGGUGAAACGAAAGAUGGAACAAGAAGGAUCGAAGAAGAGGACCCCCAGGAGAGCCCCAGUUGUUGCACCACCUCAGAAUGGGCAGACCUGCCCACUAUGCAGCUGUGUGAAGGGUUGUACCGUGUGCUGAGGUGUCGAGACUAUUUGGAGGCCCUCCCUGUGUUGGCGGCACACGCGGGGGGGAAGCCACCCGAUGAGAGGCCCAUAAGCGAGCUAAGCGGCAUGAACGAGCUAAGCAGCACAACCCAUUGUAGUGCACGUAACUAUCCAAGUGAGGAACCUCUCCGUGGAAACGUGAGCCUGGUAACGUUCCAUACCUACCUGCGAAGAGCGAAGAAAAUGAACAAACGAGGCUUCACCGAAAUGUACGAUUACAGCGAUUAUGUCUACACACACAUCGAGAGAAUCUUCCAAAUGGAUAUAACGCGCUUCUUCUUCACCAGCAAUUAUCUGGAGAAUAUCAACCGGUACAUAAUUAAAAAAAACAGACUGAUUAAUGACCUGACGAAUGCCCAAAACUUCGUAAACGAUUUUGUACAGAAGAGGGAAAAGGUCAUUACACAGAAGAGAUUUUGUAAUGACGUGACCUACCCGAUGUACUUUCUCAUUUUCACCAAUCUGUUAGUAACCCUGUGGCAUACGUCUCUCUGCCAUUUGGACGAAGCGAACUGGAGCAAGUUGCCGCGCUUCCUAAUGAGGCGUCUCCGCACGAAGACAACGAUUUACGUGUUAAGAAGGAGCCACUCUUUUUUGUCUCGAAUUUAUCGCCACCUGACCAAACAUACCCUUGAUGAGAAGAAGAAAAAAAGACUAAUUAGGAUUGUCAAACGGAGCAGAAGCUUCAAAAUCGUUCAGAAGAACGUGCAUAAAAUCAACACCUUUUGUUUUUAUGUCCUCAUUCUUUUCCUCUCUCUGUCGGUACCUCCAUUUGGCAAACAGCUCCAGACACGUGACUACUUCCUGCACUGUUUUCUCAGGAACAUUAACAAAGUCGUUUUGAGGUACGCCAAGGAGCAUACCAGCGACGAAAUGAGUGACCGAUUCGACAACGGAGUGAACGUUUCCUCCGCGGGCACGGAUCGCGGCAAAGAGGAGUAUCACCAUUCAGAGGGGAACCUCCACGUCACCGCUCCCCCCUCGCAAAGCCGCAGAAGCGAAAACGUGCGCGACGUUGUCCGCAAAGCCGUGAGCAGCUCGCAGAAGAACAUCUUCCGGCUAAAGAUGCACAACCUGGCGCAGGUGUUCCGCUGCUCCUUUGCAGAUUCACCGCGGGAGGGUACACCCGUAAUCGGAAGUACUAGCAGCCAUCCAAAGGGGCAUGCAAACCUCCAACCAAAUGGGCUGCCAAACCGCCAAUCGAACAACCUCGUGGAGGUGGUGCGGGACAUACAGAUAAGCACCAGAAUCGAGCAGAUCGAGAAAGGAGUGACCGCCUACCUCAGAGCAAACGCCCACUUCCACGACACCUUCUUUAACGUCAUCGUCCCCAUGAUGAAUGGGCUGACAACCCUUUUGGACAACCUCGAGACGAUCUUUGCCCUGUACGUAAAGCACAAAGUGCGGAAGAACAGGAAGCUGUUUUUCUUUCGUAACCCCUGGUUGUGCAGCUAUGACGUCUUUAUGUCCUUCAGUCAAUCGGGGGGACCCGCCCCAAACCACGCAGAAGAAAGUGGAAUGACCAGAGUGACAAGCGGUAUAGGGGGCAGCUUAACGGGCAGCUUAACCGACCAUUCAACUGACAGCCUACCUCCAGACUUUGCGGCCUACAUGGCGCAGCUGGACGUCCAGUUCGCGCAGGACGACGUGGGCGCACUGUACGACGUCAAGAGGCUUAAGGAGAUGCUACUCCUGGGAAGUAGGAAAAAGGAAACAUCCCGCAGAAACACAGAUGAGGGUCACAAACGUAGACCCCACAAACAGAACGAUUUCGCAGAUCGGGACCGUCCAAAGCACACCAAGUUAAACGCCUACUAUUCCUACAUUUUAAAGUUAUGCCAUGACGAGCGGUACAAAGAAAUAAACACAAGAGCUUUGAGAUGUCUAUUCUACAGUUUGUAUUUUAGUUGA